AUGGCUACCCCCAGUGUUCUUACAUUUGACACUGAGGGCCGUGCUAUUGACUUCGAGGUCUGGGUCGAUGACCUCCAGCUGUUCCUCCAGUGCGAUAGUGCAGGCGGCCUCUCUCUGUUCGACCUCACCUCUGGUGCCUCCCUGGCCCCACCUGCUAUUGCUGACAGCACUUACAAGAGUGCUCAGACCUUGUACGACGCUGUAGUUGCACGCUACUCUUCCCCUGCCACUGCUGCGCUGAGCCGCCUCAUGCUACCGUACCUCUUCCUUGACCUUGCUGCCUUUCCCACAGUCGCUGACCUCAUUACGCACCUCCGCACUAGUGACACUCGCUACCGCGGUGCGCUUCCUGCUGAGUUCUGCGCCAAGAACCCCCCCCCCCCCAUGUACAUCACCCUCUACUACAUAGUCACCCGGCUCCCUGACUCUCUCCGCGUAGUAAGGGACCACUUCCUCUCAGUUUGCCCCACCACUCUCACCAUUGACCUUCUCGAGAAGGGCCUCCUAGCAGCAGAGAAGAGCAUAGUCGCUGUAGGAGCCUCUCGUGGUGACCCUCGCACCCCCAUCUUUGAGGGGUGUUCCCCCUCCCCCCUCUUGCCCUCUAUUGCUUCUGCUGCUGCAGCCGACCUUGUUGGUUUCGAGUCGGUCGGCGCUGCGUCUGCCCCUAGCGGGAGACGCCGCACCGGCAAGGGCAAGGGGGGCAAGGGCGCUGGAGGGGCUGGCGGGGGCGGUGGAGGUGGUGGUGGGGGCAGUGGAGGGGGUGGGGGUGGUGGUGGGAGUGGUGGCGGGGGUGGCGGCGGCGGCGGAAGCAGUGGAGGAGUGGAGGCGGCGAUGGUGGCGGAGGGAGCGAAGGCGGCGGAGGUGGCGGAGGAGGCGGAGCUGGAGGAGGCGGCGGAGGCGGCGGCGGCGGCGGCGGUGGUGGAGCGGGUCGCGACUCUGCGCAGAGGAGUGGCUCAGAUGGUGGUCCGCGCCAGGGCAGCGGAGUGGUGUGACCCUGUCCCCUCAGCAGCUUCGUGA